AACUGGACUUGGACUUGGGGGCCGGAGGAGGACGACGACUCCGUCCCCCGGCGCCGCCUCCGCCUCCUCCUCUUUCUCUUCUCUCUCGGCGUCAAGCAAACAGGAAGGGAUCCAUCAGCAACAGACAGAAAAGCCAAAUCCCCCAAGACCCAUUCCCCUCCCCUCCCCUCCCUAAAAAAAUCCAUCCAAUUGCUUGGAUUCAGCGUGGCUUACGCCUGAGUUGAGAUUCGAAUUGGAAUUGGAUUGGAUCCCAACAGCAACAGCAACAGCGCCCAAAUCCCCCAUCGCUGCGCUGCAGUGCAGUUCGAUGCAGCACCGCCGCAAGCCCGCGUCCGCUGCGGCGCCGGCCGCCGCCAAGCAGCCGCCCUCGCGCAGGCCCACCGCCCCGCUCUCGCUAGCGGGCCUCGUCGUCGCCGUCUUCCUCCUUGCCAUCUUCUUCUACAACGAGGACGUCGUCAAGAGCGGCGGCGGCGGCGCUGACGUGGUCGCGGUCGCCGGGCGGGCGAGGUCCCCGGACCUGCGGGUCCUGCACCACCACCACCAUGAGGAGGAGGAGGAUGGGGAUGCCGAUGCCGCCACUCAGCAGCAGAAGCAGCAGCCGCCGCCGCCGCCGCCGACCAAGCACCAGCAGCAGUGCGACCUGUACCAGGGGCGGUGGACGUUCGACGCGGCGGGGGAGCUGUCGCCGCUGUACCGCGAGUCGGAGUGCGAGUUCCUCACGGAGCAGGUGACGUGCAUGCGCAACGGCCGCCGCGACGACUCCUACCAGAAGUGGAGGUGGCAGCCCAACGGAUGCGCCCUGCCCAGGUUCGACGCGUCGCUGCUGCUGGAGCGGCUGCGGAACAAGCGGCUCAUGUUCGUGGGUGACUCGCUGAACCGCAACCAGUGGGAGUCCAUGGUGUGCCUGGUGCAGUCCGUCGUGCCCCGGGGCCACAAGACGCUGCAAAAGUUCGUCAACAACGGCUCGCUCAACGUCUUCACGGCCCAUGAGUACAACGCCACAGUGGAGUUCUACUGGGCGCCCUUCCUGGUGCAGUCCAACUCGGAUGACCCGCAGGUGCACAGCGUCAUGGACCGCGUCAUCGCCUGGCGCGCCAUCGCCAAGCACGCCAACAACUGGAAGGGCGUCGACUACCUCGUCUUCAACACCUACAUCUGGUGGCUCAACACCUUCGAGAUGAAAGUCCUAAAAUUCAGAAAAGGAAGUGGCGCUCUGAGGAAUAACAAGGGGGCGGCAGGGUGGAGCAAGUACGCGCUGGUGGACCGGCCGGUGGCGUACCGGGAGGUGCUCAAGACGUGGGCAAAGUGGGUGGACCGCCACAUCGAUCCCAACCGAACCGCAGUCUUCUUCAUGGGCAUGUCGCCCAACCACAUCACGCAGCGUGGCAUGUUGUUGGUUGCAUCCUGCAUGCAGGCCGUGGGCGUGGGGCAACGACGGCGGCAUCAAGUGCUCCAUGGAGACGCAGCCGAUCGUGAACCGGACGGCGCCCCUCAACAUCGGCACGGACUGGCGGCUGCACGGCGUGGCGCGCGGGGUGCUGGCGCGCUACCUCCACCGCGUGCCCGUGCACUUCGUGGACAUCACCGGCCUCUCCGAGCUGCGCAAGGACGCCCACACCUCCGUGCACACGCUGCGCCAGGGGAAGCUGCUCACCCCGGAGCAGCAGGCGGACCCCAAGACCUACGCCGACUGCAUCCACUGGUGCCUCCCGGGCCUCCCCGACACCUGGAACCACUUCAUCUACGCCCAAAUCGUCUCCUCCUCCUCCUCCUCCUCGGAUGCAUCAUCACUACUAGCUAGUAGCUAGACCAUGUUUCCUCCGUUGACUUUCUACCUAGCUAAGCUAGAUCUUCUUCCAUUCCGUUCCGUUCCGUUCCAUUCACAGAUUCACUGAGUUAAACCAAGCGUCCCAUCUGUCCUAGCCCGCAGCUCUUCUCUUAUCUUUUUGUAAAGUAAUUCAUAACUUGUGAGUAGUAACUAAUUUUAUUUAAUUAAUUUUUUUUGGUUAGAGAAAGAUGCAAGAAGGAACAUGAAAAGCAAUUGGUUAGUAUUCUGGGGAAGGAAAAGUUGGGCAACCACUUGCUGCAGAUACAUACA